UUGAGUUACCAGAAUCCGGACUCGGUUAGUACUCAGCCAGGGUCUCAGUAGUUGGAGUUGCGUCGUUGAGUGCGCAUACUUUGCCCCACACGUCUGCUUGAUACCCUCCUGAAAAAUAGUACUGUAAGAGUGGUUGUUAAAGUAGAAUUAAUACUUAUUGAAAACAAAAAUCUAUAAAUUCUCCUUAUUGGGAAACAGUACGUUAUCUAGAAACAAAUUCUGAUUGACUAUCGAAAGAACAGUUACUGGAAGUUGUGUACUGUAUUUCGGUGAGGACAAUUUUGAUAAGGGAAAUUUUAAAUGAUAGAAGCACACACGUGGGAGCCGCGAAGGAAACAUUCAGAUAUACUCACUACACACGACAUGAUAGCUGGCACAAGGAGGAAAUUCUUCAAUAAAAAACUUACGGUGAUAAUAAUCUGGGUGUUGGCUGUGUUACUUUUGAUAUGCAUUUACACCCCCGCCAACACCUGGAGAGUGGGGGGAAAGGACAACUCCACGCGAGCUAACACACGCAAAGAAGAUGAGGAGAAGGGAGAGGAUGAUGUGAGAGACGACGGGGAAAAAGAUGACGAACCACAGCAACAAGCCGUAGAUGUUAACCAUAAGGAUCCUACCCAACAUGCUGGAGUACACCAGAAGUCACAGCACAACUCGUCACCUGCAUUCAAAGAAGUUAAUCCGUCACAAAACCAGGCUCAAGGGGGAGUGAAAAUUGAACGAAAUAAGAAAAGUGCUGAAGAUGUCGGCACUCGGUUCAAUGUUCUUCUCCUAAGUUCAAUGGGCCGAAGCGGGUCGAGCUUUGUCGGGGGUUUGCUUCGGUCCCAGCCUGGCGUAUUCUACUUCUUCGAGCCGUUACAUAGAUUAGGGAACAGCGGGCUCAUAACGCCGCAGACCGCCAUACAAGAGUUACAAGGUAUAUUCACCUGUAAUAUUAGCGAUGUUCUGCUUAAGGGUUUCCGAAAAGAGCCAAAGUUCACGAUAAGACACAAUUACAUACAUACUUGUGGGAAGGAUUGUUUCAAGCCCAAGCAACUGAACCAAGCGUGCAGGAGUGAGCCCAUCCGUGUAGUAAAGACGAUCAGGACGCGACUAUCUUGGCUCCUGCCGCUGCUAAACGACUCCUCCAGCAGGGUGAAGGUGAUUCACUUAGUGCGGGACCCCAGGGGUGCUUUAAUCUCGGCCUGGAAGAUAAAAUGGACAAUUAGCUCCAGCGUUUCCUGUUGCGAUAUCAGAAAAGACUUGUACAGUGGGAAAGACAUUCUUCAGGUCUUCCCUAAUAGAUAUUUAGCAGUGCGGUACGAGGACUUGUGCAGCGACCCCUGGGGGAUGGCUCGCCUCAUCUUCAACUUCCUGGGUUACCAGACACUCCCGCCCUCCACUGUUGCGUUUGUGAAGUCUUAUACGUCACAUGGUAACCCAGAAAGAACAUUUGGCAUCAAGAGAAAUACACACAGUAUGCAACAGAAAUGGAGAGGAGACAUCACCGAGGCAGAGCUGAAGAAGAUAGAAACAACGUGUAACUCUACCAUCAUCGACAUUGGGUUCAAUCUUUUCCAUAACCUGGACGCUGCAAGGAACUUAUCACUUCCUUUGUAUAUUGAUUCUAAAACCAAUCAGUUUUUCCCAAAUAGUACCGUCCAUUAACCAAGUCUACAGUGUGAGUUGAAACAUUACAGUGUAGCCUACAACUUGGGCGGUCAUCUGAAAUAUUGUUACGUUUUUUCUUUUCUUUAUCACGCCACAGGUAAAUAGACGUGUAUGUGCUGGUAUGGAAAUUACGAUGCAGUAUUAUUAAAAUUGGUAAACAAAUUCCCAAAACACCCAAAAUCAUAGUAUAACCACAGUAACUUUGAGAAAAAUAAGACUAGUAUACAUAACAGGGCGUUUACGUACAGUACUUCCCUCUGUUUACUGCUGACCAUCAUGGUUAUUACUGUAGGAGGAAAUAGUGUAAUUGUGAAGGAUUUCUUUGAGUACAAUGAUUUAACCCCUCGAGUACAAUGGUAUCUUGCUCAGUGGAACUAUCUGCCAGACAGCGUUGUGACGGCACAGUGUGACAUUCAGGAGCCAGUGCAUGCCCAGUACUUGCCAACAGUGCGUAAGAGACGUGACCGAUCACCCAAGCGAAGAGGAUAAAAGUAAUACUCGAUAAAAACAAAAGAACAAUUAGCUGAUGCUACUUUAUAAAGGGGUUGUUUUGGGGGAUCAAUGGGGACACGAUACUGUAUUUGUAGCCGAAUAGUUUUUGUACAUAUAUAAGUGUAAGCUUAGACGUUCCAAAUUAGUGUGACAAGAUUUUUAAAACCGAUACAAUAAAUAUACUGUAUAUUUUUUAUACAAACGCGCGUCUUCAAAAACAGCUUCGUACUACUCUGUACUUAUAAAAUUCUGAAGCUCGAUUACAGCUCCAACCUGACUACGCAGUUCAAUUCUGGUCACCGUAUUACAGAAUGGUUAUAGAAUCCCUAGAAAGAAUUCAGAGGAAAAUGACCAGACUAAUCCCGGGCAUUCGGAACCUUGA